AUGAAAUGGGUAACGGUGAGAUCAGAGGGCUUGCCACCAGACCCUCGAUACGACUGUGGGCUAGCGAUCCAUGGGAAUGUCGUGAUUGUUGUAGGUGGUAUCGUCGGCAAGCUACGCCUAAACGACUUGCACACUUUAGACCUCGCAGCAAAGCCGUCGCCUCGAUGGGCUCAACCACCGAUUAGCGGUACGCCACCACCGUCAGGUCACCUGCUCCAGAUAUUCGUCCUUGGCGACGAUUUGUAUGCGAUCGGUGGCACAAUUGAUGGAAAAUUUCUAACAGAACUUCACCAGCUCAACGUCAAAGAAUGGAAGUGGGAUAAGCUUGAAGUUGCCGGAAACCCUCCGUCAAUGCGAUAUUGGUACUCGCUGGCAGUGUUGCAGGGCAUGGCUAUCUUGUACGGGGGUUACGGGCAUCCUCAGCGACUUAGCGAUACGUUUGCGCUUCGAUUUGACACAAAAAUUCCGACAUGGGUGGAGCUGCGGCCUCGAGGUGAUAUCCCGGGACCGUCCUCAACGCAUUCUGUGUGCGUUAUAAAAGACCGCAUGUACAUUUUCGGAGGAUACGACGGCAAAUACCGUCGUGGUCAAGUAUUUGCUUUUGAAAUCGAGGACGCUACAAAAGAGGGUAUUGAUUGUGUUUGGCGCAAAGUAGAGACCCAAGGCGACGGCCCUGCAUCACGCUACACGCACUCGGGGGUCAGCGUUGGGUCGCGAAUAAUUGUGUACGGAGGUAACACUGGAUGCUUGAAAGGCGACGCGUAUGUAUUGGACCUCGGGACAGUUGAAGCGAUGCCGACCUGGAAACUAGUCAAGUGUGAUCCUCCUCUAACUCCUCGAGCCUGGCAUCGAGCCGUGGCUUGGAAUGGUGCAAUGUACGUGUUUGGAGGAAACACGACCAAUGGGCACGAUAACAAUGUCAUACGAGUGACAUUCACAGCAUUAUAG